AUGCUGGAUGACCAGCCCACUACAGGGUCAUACCGCUACCUGAGCACGCGGGGCGCGCCGUUUGCCAUCAUGGGGACCAGCAACCUGCUGCCCCUCUACCGCCUCGCGAGCUCGAAGCAUGGCUUCUGCCCCGCCGGGACGGACAGCGCGCUCGGCCGCGUGUACGCAGCGCUGCAGCCCGACCUGCCGCCCCCCAGCCCCGGCGACCGCAAGCACGCGAGCAGCAGCUGCGCCGCAGACCGCGCGCUCCAGGCCGCGCGCUGCCGCAUCCGCAGCACCGUGCUGCUGCCCGUCUACGACCUCCGCGCCGCCGCCGCGCUGCUCGGCCCGGGCCCGGACCCCCGCGCCGCGCUCACCGCCGAGCAGGCGUCCGCCGCCGUGCUGCCGUCGGCGGUGUUCGAGCUCGCGUCCCACGAGCCGCUGAUGGACUUCGACGCCGCGGUGGACAAGCUGAACGCGGCGCUGGCGCCGGAGGACCUGGCGGUGCCGCGCCUGUGCGCAGCGCAGGCGGUCGCCGGGGAGGCGCAGCAGCUGGGCGACCUGCCUGCAUUAGAUGAGGAGGACGGCGCCGAGGACAGCCAGGGGGACAGCGACGACGCCGCCGACGACGCCGCGGGCGCGGGGCAGCAGCGGGCGCGGCGGCAGUCGGCGCCCGCGCGGGAGUGGUCGGGGUCGUUUGCGGCGGCGGCGGCGGCGCGGCGGCGGCGGCGGUGA